UCCAAAACACAGUUUCCUCUUCCUCCUCUCUCCGUUAAACAAAUCGGAUACCGCCACGUGUCAUCACCGGAGAUGCUCCGGCAUCUUCUCGACGGUUUAAAGAUCUGCGGCGGACUCGGCGGCGGCAGAUCCUCCGAAGAAGACGGCGGAGACGGCGGACGUGGCCUGUUCUUCGAUCUCCGGGAGCUGCAGAUCGCAACCAACGACUUUUCCGACCAGAAUCAGCUUGGACACGGCGGUUUCGGUCCUGUCUACAAGGGCUUGAUGCAGAAUGGCGAAGAAGUAGCUGUGAAGAAACUGUCCGUGAAUUCGAGACAAGGGUCGAGAGAAUUCACGAACGAAGUGAAGCUUUUGCUGAGAAUACAGCACAAGAACUUGGUCUCUUUGUUGGGUUGCUGCGUCGAAGGCCCUGAGAAGAUGCUUGUUUACGAGUAUAUCCCAAACCGGAGUCUCGACUACUUUCUAUUCGAUAAGAACAAGUCCGGUUCGCUUAACUGGAGCAGCCGAUUUCGGGUAGCAACGGGAGUGGCGAGAGGACUGUUGUAUCUACACGAGGAAGCUCCGGUCCGGAUCAUCCACAGAGACAUCAAAGCCAGUAACAUUUUGCUCGAUAAGGACUUGAACCCGAAAAUCUCGGAUUUCGGAUUGGCCCGACUCUUCCCUGGCGACGGUACUCAUACCAAUACCAUUAGAAUUUCGGGAACUUUUGGCUAUAUGGCACCAGAGUAUGCCUUGCACGGGCUUCUGUCAGUGAAAUCCGAUGUUUUCAGCUAUGGAGUUUUGGUUUUGGAGAUCAUAAGCGGAAGAAAGAAUCACGAUCCUCGUCUCGGUGUUGAAAUGGCCGAUCUCUUGAGCUACGCAUGGAAGUUAUACCAAGGAGGUAAAAUUCUCGAAUUGGUGGAUCCAAUGCUCGCCGGAGAAUACAACAGCGACGAAGCCGCAAUGUGCAUCGUUAUCGGAUUGCUAUGUUGUCAGCAAAUAAUCUCGAACAGGCCGGUUAUGAACUCGGUUAAUCUCAUGUUGUCAAGUGACUCGUUCGAUUUGCCUAAACCGGGUCGUCCGGGACUCCAAGGCCGUAGGGGAACCGGUACCAAAGCCGGUACAGGAAGUUCAGUGUUAACCGGGAGUGAACCGAGUAGUUUUAAAACCAGACAAACCGGUGUAGCCUCCGGAGGGAGUAGCUUCGUCGAGGAGUUCUCGAGGAAUUCUGUCUCCAUGUCUUCAUUCGCCGAAGGACGUUGAAAACGUAAGUGUUGUGUGUGUGUAUACACAGAUACAUACGUAUAAAUAAUUAUUUGUAUACAUAUCUGUAUAUAUAUAUAUAUAUAUUAUAGAUGGAUCAUUAGGGUUUAUUUUUUUAGAGGGAUUUAAAUUGUUCGCAAAACGUAUUGACAGCUUCUACUAUAAUGGUAAGUACUAAGUAGAUACACAAAA